UCCUCGCUAUAAGUGGAGUUUGAUCACAGAUGCGCUUGUGGCACCGAACUGCCAAAAGUGGAAGGGAUGAAUGAGAGGAGACUCUGAACAACUUCAUCGGAACAUUUCUAAUAGCUUCUUAUCGACUAGAUGAAACACAGAUUGAGUCUUUGACUGCAAAGGCAUGGAACCAUCACCCCCCAGCACCCCAAACACCCCGAAACCUGCCCCUUCCUCCCCGCCACCCUCCUCUCUUUCCCCACCUACCCCUAAAUCUACCCCGGGCACUAGACCCACUGUGACCCUGCCUAAAUUGCCCCCGACCUCUCCGGUCUCACCUUCCAGCCCUUUUUGUCCUGGCCCCCCUCUCUCUCCCCCCGCUUCCUCCCUCUCCACCCCUCCUGCCUCCCCCCUGCGGCAGCCCAUCAGACCUGUCUCCCAGGCGGGACGAUCCCAGCUCAAUGCAGCCAGCAGGGCUACGGAUGAGAGGAGGGGGGCUGGUGCUGCUGGAGAUACCCCGGGCAGGCCCCCUACUACCCCUCUACAACAGGCUUCAAUAGCUGAGCCAGAGGAGCCAGAGGAGGAGCUGAGUGUGGAGGAGCUGGAGGAGAGAGCCAAGUCUGGAGAUGCCAAAGCCCAGUCUAUGGUGGGCCGGUACUACUUGGCCCUGGCCGAGGAGAGAGAUGAGGAGCUGAACAACUGUACAGCAGUGAGCUGGCUGGUGCAGGCCACCAAACAGGGCCGCAAGGACGCCGUCAAGAUGCUACAGCGCUGCCUAGCAACCAGGAAAGGCAUCACGUCGGAGAACUUUGAGGAGGUAAAGAAGCUGUGUACGGAGACAAGGUUUGAGAGAGGAGUGAGGAGGGCUGCCCUGGUCAUGUACUGGAAGCUCAACCCAGAUAAGAAGAGAAGAAUGGCUGUGUCUGAGCUGCUGGAGAACGUGGAACAUGUCAACACAGAACCAGGUGACGCUGCCUCCCAGGGCCCCAUAUCUAGUUCCAUGCAGAAACAGAGGAGAGUUCUGGAGAGUCUCGUCACCAGCAAAGUCAGUUGCUAUGACAUGGGUCUGGAUGACUUUGUGGAGAUCACUAAGACGUACGCUCAGGGCAUCCCGCCUAGUCCCACUAUGGCUGGGGCCGGAGGUGACGAUGACGAUGAUGACGAAGUUGUGAAGAACCCAGACGACUUGCCCCUUCAUCAGAAGGUGUUGAAGUUCCCCCUACACGCCCUGUUGGAGAUCAAGGAGCACCUGAUAGACUGGGCGUCCCGGGCGGGCAUGCAGUGGCUCAGCGCCCUCAUCCCCACUCACCACGUCAAUGCCCUCAUCUUCUUCUUCAUCAUCAGCAACCUCACCAUCGACUUCUUCAUCUUCCUCAUCCCCCUGCUCGUCUUCUACCUCUCCUUGUUCUCCAUGGUCAUCUGCACGCUGCGUGUCUUCCAGAACUCCAAGGCGUGGGAGAACUUCCGGGCUCUGACAGACCUGCUGUCUCGCUUCGAACCGGGCCUGGACCUGGAGCAAGCUGAGACUAACUUUGGCUGGACCCACCUGGAGCCCUACCUCUACUUCCUGCUGUCGGUGGUCUUCGUGGUCUUCUCCUUCCCCGUGGCUGACAAGGCCUGGAUCCCCUGCUCCGAGCUGGCCACCGUGGCCCUGUUCUUCACCAUCACCUCCUUCCUCAGCCUCCAUGCCUCCGCUGAGCUCUUCGCCCGCCGCGCCCUGCUCACAGAGGUGUUAUCGGGGGUCUGUGCCCUUACACAACUAUUACCGGAUAGUCUCUGGUUCCUGCGGGUGUUAGGCACAACGUUUGUGACGGUGCCGCUAGGGGAGAUGGUGGCUCUGAACGUGGGCGUGCCAUGUCUUCUCUAUGGGCACCUGUUCUACCUGCUGUUCCGCAUGGCCCAGCUGAGGGGCUUCAGGGGCACCUACCUCUGCCUGGUACCCUACAUGGUCUGCUUCGUCUGGUGUGAGCUGUGCCUGGCCCUGCUCCACUCCUCCUCGACCAUAGGUCUGAUUCGGACCUGUGCGGGCUACCUCCUCUUCCUGUUCGCCCUGCCUGUCCUCACCUUGGGCUUGGCGGCCAUGUUGCUCAUCCAGGUCCUCCAGUGGUUCAUGGCUCUGGAGAUCACCAAGAUGCUGGUGACUCUGACCGUGUGUGCGGUCCCGGUGGUGUUGCGGUUGUGGACGCGGUUCAGCCUGAACCCGCUGGUGGUGGCGCGGUCCCUGUCGCGGAGCAGCAUGGUCAAGCUCAUCCUGGUGUGGUUGAGUGCUGUGGUGCUGUUCUGCUGGAUGUACGUCUACCGCUCCGAGGGCAUGAAGGUGUAUAACUCCACCCUCACGUGGCCGGAGUACAGUAACCUGUGUGGGCCGAAGGCCUGGAAGGAAUACAACAUGGCCCAAACCCAGAUCCUGUGUUCUCACCUGGAGGGCCACCGGGUCACCUGGACAGGACGCUUCAAAUACGUUCGCAUCACCGACAUCGAGAACGGAGCCCAGUCUGUCAUCGGCCUACUUCCUGUGUUCGUAGGGAACUGGAUGAGAUGUCUCUACGGUGAGGCCUAUCCACUCUGUGAAAACACCACUGACCCCUCCACCCCCACUGCCCCUCCACAGCCCCUACCCAUACCCCAGCCCCCUCCAGAAGACCCCUUAUGCAAACUGAAAAGGCUGGCGAAGCACGAGUGCCACGUGAAGCGCUUCGACCGCUACAAGUUUGAGGUGACCUUGGGCAUGCCCCUGGAGAGGAAGAGUAAGAAUGGGACCAUCAUAGAGGACGAAGACGCCACCAAGGACAUCGUCCUGAGGGCCAGUAAUGAGUUUGGCCCCGUGCUGCUGCACCUGAGCGCUGGGAGCCUGGUAGAGUUCAGUACGGUUCUAGAAGGACGCCUGGGCUCCAAGUGGCCUGUGUUUGAACUGAAGGCCAUUCACUGUCUGACGUGUGCAGAUGCCCGCGUGCCCAGCGGCAGGCAGUAUAAGAUAGAACACGACUGGAGGCGCUCGGCCCAGGGGGCACUGCAGUUUGCGUUCGACUUCUUCUUUAACCCCUUCCUCACCGCACGGCUGGAGCAGGACGCUGAGACACAGACCAUGCAGGGCGGAGGGUAGUGGUGGAUGAGUGUAUCUGAAGAGCAAUGGAGUAAUUAGGAGUGACUGAGUGUACACUGGGGAGUGAAUAAGUACUCUGGGAGAACUGAAUGUACACACAAUCAAAUAAAGACUUCACUAAGGUUUGUCAGUCAGACAUGCAUUAUGUCUACCUACAGUAAGGGCUCGAUUUAGUCCGCAUCGAGGAAGUUCAGCUUUACAGCGUGAUUGAAAUGUAAAGGUAAUCUGUCUGCAUUCACGGUAAACGCUGCGUAUGUCGACUCAAUCGGAAAUGACCUUUUAAAAUGCUAUCAUGGAAUGAAUAGAGCCCAAAUCUAUGGUUCUGCAUGAUGUUUUCCACUAUAAUGUAGUUCCACUACUGCGGUUCAACUGUUUGUAGUGAUGUGUGUGGCUGUGUGCUCUAUACACCGUACAGUAGUAAAACCAGCUUAGACACAUAGCAGUAUUGUGUGUAUUGCUAAACUAGGAGGAAGUGUGUGUGUUUGUAGUGUGUGAGGGUUUUCAUAGCUGCUGAGACAACGUGUGAGAGGAUAAUAUCAUGGAGAAUCUUAACUAAACCCCUUAAUUACAAAGGAGGGAGACAGUUUCCACAAACUUUACACUUUCAUACAUGCAACCACACACACAAAUACACACACCGCCUCAACCUCCUAAUUCAUAGACAAGUGUUUUUAGUCCGUCAGCAUUUCAGAAGAAGUGUGUGGGACAAUGCCGAUCAAUAAGCUUAUUAACAUUUUGCAUGCUAUUCAACCAUAUAGGCCUACCAUUUGCACCCUCACAUAUUGUAGAUAAGGGGUCUCCAUUUACAUUCAGCCAUGGGACGAUUAUUUCUUUAGUGGAUAGUCGGGGGGUCGGAGCAUAGUUAUAAAUAAUUUAUAGUCUGCAAAUUGACUGCAAGAAGCUCAAACAGAUAUAGUAUUUGACAAAAACUGAAUCAUUUCAAACCUUGAUUACAUUGGGAUACAUUAACAUAUGCCUCUAUAUUUAUGCAUGGAAAUACUUGGGAACAGAUUUCCUAAAUUUAAAUCACUUUGAAAUGAUUUCCUGGUGAUUUGAGUCUUAUGUCCAACAACUAAAUUAUAUUUUUUUAAAUCCAAAUUAAUCACGGACCACGUAUUGGGGAACCCUGUUGUAGAUGUUAUCUGUUGGUUGACUUAUCAGGUUUGUUUGCAUAUUAAGUAAUAGGACUUUUUAACUACAGCGUGGUUUAAAAUACUCAAUGGUGUUUGUUUUUUUACACGACUUGCGAUUUCAAAAUGUAAUUUUUGUUGUUUUUACAGUUUAAGGUCUUAAUUCAGUUUAAUUCUUUAGCUACUUGUAUUUUACAGUUAUUGAAUUGUUGUUCGUUUUCUUUUAACAAUUUUCAUCAUAGGAUCAUGACAGAGAAACAAAUGGACUUAAACUGUUCCAGUUGUCUCCUUAAAUAUUAUGCUUUAAUCAUUAUGUUGUCAUUUUCAUACCCUUGUUGUGACGCCAUACACCAUUAGUUCACUUGUAUCAAACCCCACCUGGAUCAAAGUGUACUUGUGUCCAAAUUGAUCUUUGCCCCUCUUUUACUUGUCUGCCUUGUUGUCCCUCCCUCCCCUCUCCCUCCCUCCUUCUCCCCCUCCCUGCUGUGCAGGGGUUUGGAUCUGUUCUGAUCCCACAGUUCCAGUCUGCAGGCCUCUAAUGAUGUCACUGUUGUAGGUUGUGAUGUCACUACUGUAACCCUCUACACUACUGUGACCAAUAAACUAAUCAUGGAAAU